AUGGCGGUUGAGAGCUCUUCACUACCAGCGAUCAUGGCGGAAGAAGAGAAUCUCGAUCCUAACACCACAAGCCUCAUCCGUUUGGAGAAUCAUGCUCCGGCGGCGAUCAAGGCUAUCAUCAUCGGCGGCGGCGAAAAACAUCCGUCGAAGGAGGAUAAGCUCAUACGCGGCGGAAACGAAUCGAGAUCGAAAACAACCACCGUAAUCAAACCUCCGCACUCGUUCCAGAACUCUUGGACCUUCUGGUUCGAUAAUCCUUCCUCGAAAUCGAAUCAAGCCACGUGGGGAAGCUCUUUGAGAUCCUUGUACACUUUCGCUACCGUCGAGGAGUUCUGGAGUGUUUACAAUAACAUGCAUACUCCAACGAAGUGGGUUUCUGGUGCGGAUCUAUACUGCUUCAAAGAUGGAAUUGAACCUAAGUGGGAAGAUCCUGUUUGUGCUAAUGGAGGGAAGUGGACUAUGAUGUUCCCUAAGGCUACACUCGAAUCCAAUUGGCUUAACACGUUACUUGCAUUGGUUGGUGAGCAAUUUGAGCAAGGAGAUGAGAUUUGCGGGGUAGUUCUGAAUUUUAGAACGAGAGGGGAUAAGAUCUCUAUAUGGACAAAGAACGCUGCAAAUGAGGAGGCUCAGCUGAGCAUUGGGAAGCAGUGGAAGGAACUUCUUGGUUACAAUGAGACAAUCGGAUUCAUAUUUCAUGAGGAUGCAAAGACUCUUGAUCGCACUGCUAAACCUCGUUAUACUGUGUGA